CGUCUCGCAGUAGUCACUGAGAUCUGAUAGGAGACGGUUUUCAUUGUCCUGUGGACUUCCAGCAACAAUGAAGGAGAUCAUUGCACUUGUAGCCCUCGCUUCCGUCGCUAGCGGUAUUCAAUAUAAUGGACUUCGUGUGAAAUUCGGUUGGUCGGACGCUCUAGCGGACAAGGAAUACUUCUUCAAGAUCCCCCGGACGAUGAGCGCGGCGGAGGCUGAGGGGUGGCGGCGGACGGAGCGGCCCCCGGGCCCGCUGCCGGACCUCCGCCUGUACUGUACCCCGGACAAACUGAUAUGCCCCCUAUAUGACCCGUCAGGAUUCGUCGCGGGGUUGCAAAUUGCGUUCCCAGCGGACGAGUUCGAAUCACCGACGUUCAAGCCGGAGACGCGAUUCACGAAGUGGAGUACUUCUAAUGGCGAAGGCGACCCUCCCAGAGACUACUGGGCCAUCACACAGUACUACGUCUCCGAAGAGUCUCUCAAGGCCGGCGCUGGACCUCAGGUGGAAAAUGGCGCUACUCUUCAAGACGGUGGCGUAUGGGUGAAGGAUUUUGACAACCAGCUCACUCGGAUACCGAGCACGGAGGCCGAGCUGAACAGCACACUUUUCAAAAAGCAAAACUGUAUUCCUAAUAUGGGUACCCACUACUACUACAACAUGACGAAAGAGAAGCGAUGCGAGGACCUGCUGCCGUGGUUCGCGCUGACGACGCGCGGGGACCUGGUGGGGGUGGGCUUCCAGGUGUUCGCCAAGUUCACGCCCAAGGUCAAGGGCAGGGAGUGGUUCGAGAUACUCGAGAAGAGCCAGGGACAAGCUGAGGUGGCUAUACCUCUCGGCCCGGAGUGCCUGUACAAGCUGUCGGCGACCUACCCCGUCAUAUCUCUACAUAUCUAUUUUAUUGAUAACCCUUGGAAUAUCAGAUGCCGGAACGGAGACUCUAUAAAGCCAGCCCCGGCUUUAGACAGACUGGUGCUAAACACGUACAGAUACGCCAACGCCGUCGCCGAUGAGUUCAAAAAUCUCUUUAGUGGCUGAUCUGAUAGUAGAUACAUUGGUUCUCGACACCAAUGUAGGUACUAUCAGAGAAUUUUCCUAGGCAGAUGGGGGACCUACGUCGUUUGGUCGGCUUAUGUCCAUACUUUCUGUGGUCCAUACAAUGUUAGCUGUGAUGGUUGGAAGGGUUUGACUUAACGC